UGUGUGUAUCCCUCAAUGACUGUCUGUUCUUCUGCUUACCGCUACAGUGUGGAACAUGGUGGAGAGAACAGAAUGAAACCUGGGCUUAGAAAAUAUGUCUGUGAUCUCACACUGGACCUAAAAACAGUAAACAGACACCUCUCUUUGUCUGAGGAGAACAGAAAGGUGACAUGGAGGAGAGAGGAGCAGCUGUAUCCUGAUCACCCAGAGAGAUUUGAGGACUGUGGAGAGGUGCUGUGUAGAGAGGGUCUGACUGGGCUCUGUUACUGGGAGGUAGAGUGGAGUGGGAGAAGGGCUGUUAUAGGAGUGACAUAUAAAGGAAUCAACAGGAGAGGAAGGGAUAAGGACUGUUGUCUUGGACACAAUGACAAGUCCUGGAGUCUGUUCUGCUCUGACAACAGUUACUAUGCCUGUCACAAUAAUAAUCACAUUACCAUAGACGUCCCCUCCUCCAGCUCCCACAGAGUAGGAGUGUAUCUGGACUGGCCAGCCGGCACUCUGUCCUUCUAUAGAGUCUCCUCUGACACACUGUCCCACCUGAUCACAUUCACAUCCACAUUCACUGAGCCCCUCUAUCCAGGGUUUGGGGUUUGGGGUGAUGACUCCUCAGUGUCCCUGUAAAUACACACACACAUACACUGGACACACAGACAUACACUGGACACACACACACACACACACACACACACACACACACACACACUGGACACACACACACACUGGACACACACACACACACACUGGACACACACACACACUGGACACACAGACAUACACUGGACACACACACACACACAUUGGACACACACUGACACACACACACUGACACACACACAUUGGACACACACACACACUGACACACACACAAACACACACUGACAUACUGUUAGGAAAUUCUGAUUAAUAUGACUGAACAAAUCAUUUUAAAUGGAACUGUAAGUAAACUUAUACUCUGAUAUAUUAUAUCUGAUUAACAAUAUGAGUUCAUAAGAAGGGAUUGUGAGACACAGACAAGGAGUAAUUAAAGUUAAUGAACACCAUUCCAACUAGGCAGAAACAAAUGGGUUUGAAAACAGAUAAGGUAGUUAGCCUAUGGUUGACCCAACUGAAACUUAGCUCUUGGGUUUUUAGAUAAGGCAGUGAGUGCAUUCCUAGUUUUUCUGUUAAUUAAAACUGUCAGUUCAGUGGUGAUCGAUAAUGUUGAGGGGUCAAAAGUUAUCUGGGAGUGUGGUAGUAAGUUAGAAUGAACUUUUCACCUUACUUUGUCCCGGUCGAGAGGAGGGGAUUCGGUUAAGGCAGUGAAAUGACGUCAUGAUCUGUAUAUAAACUGAUGCAUGUGUUUAAGUGGUAGCGCGCUCCGAGAAUAAAUUAUAUUACCUAUUAUUGAAAGACUGGUCUGAGUCUAUUUUAUGCAAACAAGAAAUCUUAGAAAUUCUCAUAAAAUAGAUUAAGGGCUUUCAAUUGAAGAAAGCACAUUGGCAUAAUUAAAUUAUAGUAACAAUUGGUCCUUCGAGUGGAUUCCACAAACUUCUCUGUCGUCCGAAGGGAAAAGCCGAAAACCGUGCACGGACGAGGCUGGACUCGUUAUUUAAAGUCCUGGCCUCCAGCAGAGGUUUAAUAAUAACAGGCCAGUAUAUAUAUCUUAGGUCAACAGAGAAGGUGACGGAAUCGAACCGGCAUUACUUUUCCCAGUCUACAGGACGAAGGUAAAUAGUCUUUAUUCUCGAAUUUGGGAGCAAUUAUUUAAGAUAUUUUUGAUUGAAGGUGCUGAAGGAGUUUGGAUUUAAUCAAUGAUAUUUUGAACAAAUACAAUGGGUUUCUACUUUGUGUGUAACCAAAAUCGAUAGGAAGGAAACGAGUCUGAAAUGACCCGUGGUAAGGUGCACUACCGAAAGUAAACUAGGACUUAAUCAUUCUUGGCCUUGCAAACCAAAAUAUUUUUUAAGGGUGGGAUAUAGUAAGUAUUGUUAGAUGGGAUGGUCAUUCUGUACAAAUAGGGUGGCCAUUAAUUCAAUAAACAUACCUAAACAAA